UUCCCUGUAGGGAGAAUAAGCCUUUUCUCAAUAAUCAGAGGUCCAAAGUUUAUAAUUCACACAUGUUUUGUUUCGAUUACGACUUUGAGGUCUUUCCUUUUCACUGGAACGAUCAACACGCUGUUAAAACGUCUCACAGACAAUGAAAGAAAAGGUAGAAAACCUAUUUUGCUAAAGGUCAGUUUGUGGUAUUGGCAUUCAAGGGUCCACAAAACAUAUUGUUUCCCGAAAGUCUCAGUUGAUUAGUAUUUUAAGAGUCGAAGAAUUUAAAGCAAAUAGAAACGGAACCUCCAUAAUUUUUUCUUUAUAACUCUUUUAUUUUAUUCGCCAGUGGCUGUGAAAAAAGUAAUGUCUACCGCUCAGACUCCUGAACAAAAAGGCCGCAGGCGAAGGAAUCGAAGUGCGAAAGAAUACAUACAAACGCUCUUAAAUGUUUUACAAUUUUGUUUAAAACCCUCCAAUGGUUGCUUGCAUGCAGUUUAUACGUUGAGUAGGCGAGUAUACUAAAAUAAUUUGGUCUCGUUGUCUAUGGCGAAUAGUAAUUCGCUCAUAGACAACUCAUCCUUGUUGCCUAAUUGUUAAUUAUCCGGCGAGUCUUGGCCACUUGAGAACUAGAAUAAACUUUCAACUUAUCAAAAUAAAUAUACAUGCAAGAACUGAGGCGGACAAUUAAUGUUCAUAACAACAAUUGUGACACUAUAGAUUAUUUUUAGCCAACACUAAACACUAAACAAUGUUCUGGUACGAAUUGAUGGGCUAUUGCAUUUAAUAUCCGUACCCUCCUUGUCGAGGAUCCCUGGGAUUCUUCAGGGGUAAAGGUUUUGAGCAUGGAAUUCGUCAAGGGUAAAGGGUUUUGGGCUUGAACUUAUUCAAGGGUAAGGGAGUGUUCAUUAUUUAUGGUUGGGGGAGGUGCGGGUCGGCAUUUCACACGUUCUCCCUCUCAAUAUCUACAUAACCCCCUCUGGCAACAGCAAAACUGACAUGAACCCCCCCCCCCCUCCCCAAAGAAAAGACCAAAAAACUUUUAGUUAAAUAUAAAAUUCAGUACAAGUGUAUAAAUAUGGUAUGUACAAUAUACACUUAAUGUCUGCUCCCGAGGGAAAUAGUUUUGUUUUCCCGAGAAUCUCAACAUUAAGAUUCGAGGGAAAACAAAACUAUUUCCCGAGGGAACAGGCAUUAAGUGUUUUGUUAUAUAGCGACGAACAAAAAUCAACUUCAACAACAUUCAUACAACAAUUGUAUUUCGUGACAAAAACUCUAUAGUGUAAACGAGUUUAAAAUUAAAAGAACCUACUUAAACGGUUUCAGCAGCAUAUCCUGUUGCCUGUUGUGUAUUUUUCUUCUCUUUUAUAUUCUUUAUUUGAACACAAACUUGGAAAAUCGUAGUUUCUAAUUAUCUGAGUUGUGCCUCCAUUUUGUUUAUUUAUGUACGUGGUCGGUCGGGGCGGGCAACAAUUUUUCACUUGUUGCCCGGCGGGAAACAUUGCAUUUAUCGAAGUCACGUGACCACAAAUCAGCCAAUCACGUUUGUGUUCACGCUAGCUAUAUAACAAUAUCAGUUAAACAAUUAAAAGUCUUUAUUUUAUGACGUUAGUAAUUGGGCAAAAAUUCUGUAAACUUGCAGCCAUUUAUUAGUUCAAAAUUUUCAUAUUCUACGGUAUAAUAACAUAUUUUAAGAGGUCAAAACAUUGCCAGAACUAAAACUUCCAUGACCCUCUCCCCUCAAUUACUCUUCAAACUCUGCUGACCCCCUUUCCAAACAAAGAAACCCACCAAAUUAAACACGAUUAAUUUCACGAUUGAUUUCACGAUGUGAUAUGAUUUCAUGCCCCCCCUCUCCUUUGAGCUUGGAAUUCUUCAAGGGUAUAACUAUAUGAAAAACAUGUGUCCUUGACAGGAGGGAGGGAGAGAGUUUUAAAUAGUCCGUGAAUAUGUUUGACCCAUACUCACGAGAGAGAGAGUUGCAUUCUAUUCCAUUCCACCAAAUACUUUGAUUACCCGUAUUAUAUACAGUAUACUUUAUUAUGAAAUAUUUGUAUAAAAUGGUAGAUCACGUCUAGCAAUUAUGUUGCAUGGUAGAUCACGUCUAGCAAUUAUGUACAAGAUAAUGUCUAGCAAUUAUGUUGCAUGGUAGAUCACGUCUAGCAAUUAUGUUGCAUCAUGAGGGAGGGAGAGAGUUUUAAAUAGUCCGUGAAUAUGUUUGACCAAUAUUCACGAGCUCACGAGAGAGAGUACUGCAUUCUAUUCCAUUCCACCAAAUACUUUGAUUACCCGUAUUAUAUACAGUAUAUACCUUAUUAUGAAAUAUUUGUAUAAAAUGGUAGAUCACGUCUAGCAAUUAUGUUGCAUUUUUAGCUGUUCAGAUGGGGGAUCCCUUUGGAGGGGUUCCAACACAUUCAUGUAGGUUCGAAGCGCGCCUCCCUGUCCUGCUUCGAACUUGACGGUUUAUGACAUUGUUCCUCUUUUUGAAACACGUAAAUGCUGUGAUCUUCGUAUCAUUUUUAUACUAGAAAAUACAUGCAUGCAGAAACCUCGCCUUGCUGACAAAACCAUUGUAUUUUCCGAACAUGACGUAUCUAAAGUAAUUGUCAUGGUAACACGAUAAUUUUUUAAGAAUAUUCUUACAAAUGAAAAAUCGCCUAAAAAUAUCACUUUUAAUUACAAAAUUAUCAAUUUUCCAACAUAUAUGUUAGGUAUGAUAUUAUACGUAAUAUAAUCUUCAAUUUAAGGUAAAAUUCAACCACAAACGCUUCACAAAACGUUUUAAAGUGUUUUUUAUAAAACUAAACUGCCUUUAAUAGCCGAAUUCAUAUUAUAGAGACGGGAAACUCGUCUUAGACGGGAAACUCGUCUCAGACGGGAAACUCGUCUAAUAUGAAUCCGGGCGCAGACGAGUUUCCCGUCUGAACUUUCCCGUCUAACUUACCCGUCUAAACAGACGGGAAAGUUAGACGGGAAUCUCGUCUAGACGGGAAACUCGUCUUAAAUUCGAAUUUACCCGUCCCUAAAUUCAUACUCAGACGGGUUUUCGCAGACGAGUUUCCCGUCUAAGACGAGUUUCCCGUCCCUAAUAUGAAUUCGGCUAUUUAAAUGGUUUUAUCGAUAUAAAACUUUGAGUUUGCAAUAAAAUGAUUUCAAAUUCUCGCAUGCAAAUAACUUUGCUUUUUUUUAUUUAAAAAAUUCAAUAUAAUAAAAAAGGGAAUCAAUAUUAAAGAUACACUGAAAUUAUAUGCUGUCUUGUUUAGUUGUUUCAUAUACGCAAAUGCCGUCGGGUUUUAAAGCAAUUAUAAAAUCAAUAUUUAAAACAAACUUACCUUCGUUAACGUCAGCUGCCUUCUUUGAGCAGAUUCUUUCGCACUUUCUUUCUUGAAAUUUACAAAAUCUUGCAAAAAUGCCAGCAAAAAUGAAAUAUAUUUGCAAGAAAUUUAUCAAUCAUCAAAUCAAGAAAUAUUUGUUUGCUAUUUCGCUGUCGUCAUGCAGUCGUUAUAAGGGACCUUUAGCUAGCCGGACGGCGACGGCUAUUAGCACAAUGAAAUUUAUGACAGUGUAGAAAGAAAAUGUAUAAUUAAAGGUCCCUUGGGAGUUCUAGACGUCGUCCUUGUUUACAACAGCAAAACAAAGAUUUUCACGUUUUGUAUACAACGUCUGCCUUUCAAGCAGCGAGAAGUCGUCCUCGCCAAAUUGGCUUAGUAGGCUAGAAAUCUUCUCAACUAUAAACCUCUGUCUUAACCUUCUAAAUUGCAAUAAAUUCAUACAACGGAUAAUACAAGACAUGUUGUUCUUAAAGUUACUUAUUUGAACGAGUUUGUUUUGGCCGUCGUCGUCGCGUUGCCGUCACUUAUUUGCUAAAGGUCCCUAUAAUCCCCGAGCCGACGGCGUGAAGCGCCGUGCGCGGGUACUAAUUCCCCCGGCUAUUUACACCCGGGGAAACGAAAGCAUUAGCGAAGUCUAAAGUUCAUCAAUGAACGCUGGCAAAGAUUAGAUACUAUAAAGAUGUGCCACUCUGCGAAAAUUAUGUCCGAGAUUUUUUUAUAGCCGCCAUUUUGCCAGUAAGUGUCAAAUCCAACGCCAUCAGUCUCUAUCAGUGAACUGUAAUAACACUGGAACGCUAACUGCAGAUAAACAUGCCCACACUUGCCUGAAGCCAAAAUGGCACUUCUCGCGAGCGCGGCCAGCAAUAAAUUAACUUUCAAAAGGACUGGGGAUAGUUUCGAGGAGCGGGAAAUUCAGUCAAAAGUUUGUUUUUGAGCGAAAAUCAGCAAGAAAAAGUACUUUUUUAUCAAAAGGCUUCAACUUUAAAGAUUCAAACCUGGUUUCCUGGAUAGUUCUAAGUAUUUUACAUCCACUAACAGCAAAAACUUCCUGGGUAAACAGCUUGAUAUUCAAAAUAUUACACAAGUUUGAACGUGCCGAAAAAAACUUCGCACUUUGACUCCUAAAAAAAGAACUUUAUAACUGCUCUACGUUCUGGAAACAUGUUUUGUAUUAAAUUUCAGGUAUUGUUGAAAGUUUUUAGCUUUUUUCCUUGUUGAAAUACAGCUAUUUAGUGGUCGAAAACAGACAUCUUUUUGGUGACGUAUUUUCCACUCCAUAUACGUACAUGGCGGCCUUCAAUUUGGCUUCAAAGAUGGCCGCCAAGUUAUCGUUCCAGUUCCCUUAGAGUUCACUGGUCUCUAUAUAGUAAAAUCCAACGCCAUCAGUCUCGCCGCCAUUUUGGCAGUAAGUGAAAAUUACGGACACGCAAACAUUAAGGAAAUACGUCGAGUGGCACAUCUUUAUAGUAUCUAAUCUUUGACGCGGGCGUGGGUCAGCAACGGUGUUGGAGUGUUGGAUGGGUGGUCAUGCUCACUGAUCUCAAAAAUAUGGCGGACUGUCAUAUGAAUAGCGGACACUGAUUGGUCCAAUUUAAAUUAAGUUUGCAUUAUAACGACUAAAUGACGACAGCAAAAUAGCAAACAUUUCUUAAUUUGAUGAUUGAUAAAUUUCUUGCAAAUAUAUUUCAUUUUUGCUCGGAUUUUUGCAAGAUUUUGUAAAUGUCAAAAGCUUUCUCAGAAAGAAAUAAAGGGCAAAAGAAUCGGCUAAAAGAAGGGAGCCAACGUUAACGAAGGUAAGUUUGUUUUAAAUAUUGAUUUUAUAAUUGCUUUAAAACCCAACGGCCUUUGCGUAUAUGAAACAAUUAAACAAGACAGCAUAUAAUUUCAUUGCAUCUUUAAUAUUGAUUCCUUUUUUAUUAUAUUGAAUUUUUUAAAUAAAAAAAGAAAGCAAAGUUAUUUGUAUGCGAGAAUUUGAAAUAAUUUUAUUGCAAACUCAAAGUUUAUCGAUGCAUGUAUUUUCUAGUAUAGUUACUGCAUGUAUAAGUAUUAUUGGCCAUGCAGCAAAUAAUUCGUAAAAGGGGCAUAUAAUUUAAAAAAAAAACAUUUGGUAAAUGAAAAUAUUUAAUUUUGAGUAACGUUUCGUCACAUUAGGCCUACAAGCGACAUCAUCAGACUAAAUACAGUUACAGUCGAUUUCACGAAACUUUGACCACAAAUUUUCCGAACUUCGUUGCGAAGUUCACAAGAUUGUUGCGAAGUUCAAAAGUUCAUAAUGAGAUUCACAAACCAGUUCGUAAACGCAUUUGAUUGGCUUCUUUUACUUCACGGACCAAUCAGGGACUUUGUUUACAAAUUGGCUUGUGAAUUCCAAUAUGAGCUUCCGAACUUCGCAACGAACUUGCGAACUUCGCAACGAAGUUCGGAACAUAUGUGGUCAAAGUUUCGUGAAAUCGACUGUAAGCUAUUUCAUGCAUCUGUUUUAUAACAAAUUUUAAAAAACAAGAUAUACAAUUUCAAACGGUUAAAAAGUUAAAUUAGAAAGAUAUGUAAUGUUCAUGGUAUAUUCACGGUAUAUUCAUUGUAUAUUCAUGGUAUAUUUAUAUUUUGGUCAAAACAUGCCGACAUUUAGGCCUACACACACGAAUCUGAGAGCAAUGCGGAAUUUCGGCUUUGAACACAGGGGGCAGAAAAGUACGAUUGUGUUUAUUUAAAAUACCUUGUCAUCAACCAAUAUAUCGCAUAGUUUCAUCCAGGUUUCAUCACGAUGAAAAUUUUUAAAACUUUUUAAAUUUUUUAAAAAUUUUUUUGAUAAUGUCAUGCCUACUAUUUCAUGUAAUUCAAAUAUUGUAUUACACGGACUGACCAUAGUAGCGUGGGCUCAUACUAGAACGAUUGACGCUGCUUACACGUACAAAUAAUAGAAAAGGAUGAAACCCCCGAUCGUGAAAUAUUUUGAAUGGAUAUAACUGGCGUGUUUCUGAACUAAAACCUCUUAUUUUUUGUGUACAGUUUAGAUAUGAUACACUUAGCAUACCUGUACAAGGAAAUUUUAAGGAAUGGCUAUUAAACCGAAACUUUUGGGAAUACAAUUUUGGCUUAUUUUGUUUCAACGUGCACCGCAACACAUGGUGACGGAAGUGACGUAGUUAUCACUUACAAAGAUAUUGCGCAUGACGAAAACUAUUUUUCCAACUGAUUCAUAUAUAAUAUAUUACAGGCUCAUACAGUAUUUUUAUGAUUAUUAGUAUACAGUUUCAAAAUAACAAUAUGCUCAUAUAAAUUGUUACUUAUUGAAUUGUCACGAAUUGAAUUGUCCUUGAAUUGAAUUGUCAAGAUAUUGAAUUGUCAAUUUUCGUCCCAGAAUUACAUGUAUAGUUUAUUUUUGAAUUUAAAUAGUCUAUUGAUAUAUCUUAAGUCUGCAAAGUUGUGGAUAUAUUCACGGUUGAUCGAUUCAAAAACAAUUGUUUUAAAAUUAUUGAAAAGCUUUAUACCAUCUAGAUACAAGAGCGUGUGUUGCUUUUAAAACGGGUGAUUCGCAUUUCUUUUAGUGACAAAACGGCGUUCCAUAUUUGAGUUUGAAUUUCGCAAUAUUUUUUAAAAUUUGUUAUUAUCAUUCAAAUUAUUAACCGUUAAUUCGAUUAAAAGGUCAUGGAAGAUGAAAGGUCAAUUUUCCUUUAACUUCCGGUUACAAUGUCGAUUUAACUUCCGUUACAAGUAGUUGCGAUGCAGAUCGAACGAAAGAUUUUCGGCGUUUCAUCCUUUUCCUAUUUAUUUACGGGCUACACCCUCGGCAUCCUUUCGUAAGAUGUUCGGAAAUUGUCGUUUAAAAUAAUUACAUGAAGUAGAAGGCAUGAUAUUAUCGAAAAAAUAAAAAUCAGCUAAUUUUGAUCCUUUUAUGACUUUGUCUGCGGAUUGUUGUGAUAUACCAGGUGAUCUCGGAACUCGGAAAAGGCCUGGCACUAGUUGUAAAAUAGAAAUCCAUUUCUGGUUUAAAAUUACUCAAUAUCGCAUUAACGGUGUUAGAUUUCCAUCUCAAAUUUGUCCCAGAUAUUCAUUUCCCUGUGCAGACUUUCAAACAGUUUCACAAAAGAAUCAGGGCGUGACAAGUGAUUAAAGGUACGAAACUGGAUUUCUAUUCUGUUGCUAGUCCCAGUCCUUUUGCUCACCUUCAGAUCACCUGGUAAAUAUGCGAUAUUGGUUGAUGACAAGGUAUUUAUAAAACACAAUCGUACUUUUCUGCCCCAUGUGCUUCGAAUGGUAAAUCUCUUUCGUGUGUUUCAAAAACAGAUCAUUCUAGAGAAGCUGGUCAUCCAACUAAUCCAGGUGAUUUUAAACUUGUUACUUCAGCUAAUUCUAACCAGAUAUUCUUAUUAAAGAAAGCUUACUAAUUGCCCCGGCAAACUAAACAUGCACGCAUGGGCUUAAUGAUGUAAAGCUUUAAUAAUAAUCCACCUUAAGUAAAAAAAUACAGUGGACUUACAAAUUCAUAAACAUUAUAAAACCAUCUAUAUUACAAUAAAAAUUUGUAUUUUUAAAAAGGUUCAGUUGCCAAAGGUACAGACGACGAUUAUGUCCUUCAGUUCAGAGAAUAAUGCAACCUACAUUCAGCCUAAAAUUACAGAACCGUCUAUUACAGUAGUAAUUUAAAGUUUAUUAUUAAAAAGUUUAACUGCACGAGGCAUAAACGAUGAUUUAUGUAUUUCGGUUCUGGAAAUAAUGCGACCUACAUUAGAACCUCUUUCUUUAGUUCUAGUGGAAUAGUCAUGCUUCUGUGCGAUAGGGACAAGGAGUGGUGACAGGGAUGGUUUACGUCCUGAGUAAUUGCCUCCAUUUCUCGAAGAGUUAGCUUAUCUCUUCUCUCACUAGGCGGGGGAAGUGUAUCGACCGGUAAAUCAAUAAUACAUAAGCUUCUCCUUUGAAUACGCUCAAGGUCGUUCACUAAAUAGUGAGGUAGGCCACCCCAAACAGGUGCGGCAUAUUCAAGCAGUGGACGAAUUUUGGUGCAGUAAGUUGCCAAUCCUACUUCAGUAGGAAGGUGAGCCUUCCUGCACUGCCUUAGAUGACACAGUCUCCUGUUUCCCUUACGAGUAAUUUCUUUGAUGUGAGAAUUCCAUUUCAUGUUACUUUAAAGCUAACACCAAGUAACAUGAAUGAAUGAACUCUUUCGAUCAUAACAUCCCCGAUAUAAAGAUUGGGAGGCUGUGGGAUAGAUUUCCAAAGCAAAUCCACAUAUCUUUCGUUUUCUUUGCGUUCAACUUCAUUCUAUUAGCGUUCGACCAGUUCUGAACGGAGUCUAAGACUUUCUGCAUGUUGCUACACUCUCCCUUCAUGAUGCAUUCGCUUUGUGUGCAGUCAUCGGCAUAUUUAUAUGUGCUCACCUCAAGAUCUUCAGGAACACUCGUAUCUAAGUCGUCAAUGUGGAUAUUAAAUAAAGUCGGCGAAAGAGCAGAUCCUUGCGGUACUCCAGUUGGGCAACCCUCGAUCAAUGAAAGUGUUCGAUUUAUCUUGACCUGCAGAGUUCUACCAGAUAAGAAGCUUUUGUCCCACAACCAGAAGCUUUUAUUAACAUUCAUCAAUGCAAGUUUAUUCAACAGGAUCCCAUGAUCAACCAGAUCAAAGGCUUUUUCAAAGUCGAUAAAGAGGGCAUGGAUGCCUGCUUUGUCACGGCAGGUAUUGUCAGCAGCAUUAAACCAUGGCUGUGUGAUGGAUAUCAGAGCCGAUGUAGUAGAGCGGCCACUAGUAAAACCAUAUUGACUGGGACGUAGUAUGAUGUCAUUUUGAUUGAGUUGUAAUUGUACUCUCUCUAGGAUUUUCCCAAUAUGUGGCAAAACAGAGAUCUGGUGGGUAUGCUUUGGGCACAGGUGUGACCAGGCCAUGUUUGUAAUGACUUGGAUACUUACAUUGUUUAAUGCUAGCCGUAAUGAUGUCAUGAACAAUCGGCGCUAGAACGCUAGAGAAUCGUUCAAGUAACCGGAAGGUGUUUCUUCUUGUUAAUUUACUAACAUCUUUUAAUACUGACGCUAUAACCACUUGAUAUUUAACAAUUAUUCGCCGAAGGCGAGGUGAUUAUCGAGGAAUAUUCGCCGAGACGAAGUCGAGGUGAAUAUUCCCCGAUAAUCACUGAGGCGAAUAAUUGUUUUAGUAUUUUUACACAAGUCUUUUAUGUUAUUUGGUACUGAAUUUAUUUUAAUUUCGCUUAUUUCUUUAUCAGUAAACUUCCACAAAAAGGCUAGCCGCCAUUUUGAAAAUUUCAGUUUUGUUAUAUUCACCUGUAGGUAAAUAUAACAGCUUAAUACGUCAAAUUUGACCAAUCAGGUUGUAGGAUUUGUUUUGUUCGCUUGUGCAAAAAUACUAAUCCUUUUUAAUAUAUAUCUUUCAGUAAUCUCGGUAUCUUGUUUACACAUGCACGUGAAUAUAUCAUGCAUGAACAUUAUAAUUACAUCUUUCUAAUUUAACUUUUUAACCGUUUGAAAUUGUAUAUCUUGUUGUUCUAAAUUUGUACGUUAUAAAUAGAUUAACUGUAUUUAGUUUGAUGAUGUCGCUUGUAAUGUGACGAAACGUUACUCAAUAAAUAUUUUUAUAUACCAAAUGUUUUUUUGAAUAUGUCCCUUUUACGAAUUGUUUGCUGGGCAAUAAUAUUUUUAACUAGAAUUCGUUGAUGUUUCUAUUACUGUGUAAGUCAUCUUUCAUUUUUAGUGGAUUUCUAUCUUACCAUACUUGGAUUGAUUCAAUUUACUGGCAUUGUUCUGGCCUUUGUUCCUGGGUUUCUUCUUGAUUGGUCUCCUGCUGAUAGACAUCGCAACUUUUCAAUCAUUAUAUCUUUUGUUCUCACGGGAUUAAUUUCAAUCCUUGUGACUGUCGGUCUUCUAAUUCCAGUUCUCAAAUUGCAGGUAAAGUUUAAUUCUAACAAGUAUUAAGUUGCCACCUUGAAAACAUACCCCAGGAGCCACGCACGUGUGGAAAAUAUCAUGUGCCACCGGCUGCAAAUAUAGGAUAGCUUCCUUCAACGAUCCCACCAUGGAUCUUUCUCAUCAAACAAGUAUUGGGAAUUGUUUAUGAAUAUGAUGAGGUUAUGAAUGAUCGCGUAGCCAUUUAGAAUCACUAUAAAAUAUAUAUGUAGCUCUUGAUCUGAAUCCAAGUAAUAGCAAAUGUCUAAACUGUUGAUCUCCCACUAGAUAUCGUGGGAGAUGUUAUGGGUGGCUCAAAAUUAGUGCUUGUAAAGUUUGUAUAAAUAUAUGGGUCUGGUUCAUAACGUUUGAAGUGUUAGUUUCAUUACAUUUGCAUGAAAGACGCGAAUUUUCCAUCAUUCUGUAUAUCUGGAAAAGAGUGACUCUAUAUUUAAGCAACUUGAGAGACACGUCCACCCCCUCUUUGUCCCCCAUUGCUGUUCCUCGUGCACCAUUACAAGACCAGCUGUGGAAAUAACAUCUAUUUUUGAAAUUUCCGGAGUUUGAGACCACGUGUUUCACUAAGUUUACCGUAAUCACAAUUGCGGAGAAAUUAUUUAUUUUUAGAUUUUCAGUUUCCUGCUUUAUGCCUUUCUAAGAUCAUUUCUGUAUUCUUCUCACGGAUCUUUUAUCAUGAAGGAGUAAGUAUAACUUGUUUUCUUAUUUCGUUUCUAUGGAUUUUUUAAUCUUUUAAUAGCUUAAUCCGCAAAGAAUACACAGUCAGUUAAUAUGUAGUUAAUGCAGAUACCAAAAAACUGGGGAAAAAAUGGGAAAAGUUGGCAGGAAUACCACAACCGCUUUAAAUUGUAAUAUAUGUGUCCUAAAAAUAGACCAUUAUAAACAAUGUUGGUAAAAGAUGACAUGCAUAAAACGAGGUAACCAUACAUGUUAUAAAUUUUGAAUCGCAAUUAGUGUGGACUCUUAUUUUGCUAUAUAGCUUCAGAACCAACUGAAGUGGCCUAUAUAUAGCCACGAACAUAAAACAUUUGCGUGCACAUCGUAUCUUUGGAAAAACAGGAAAGUUUCGGAUUUAUUUCAAUUCAUUAAGGUGACUAAUUCUUUUUCAGGUUUCCACUAUAUCAUGCUGGUGCACUGAAUGGGUUGAGUCUUCUAGUUUCUGCAGUGGUUUCUCUUUUCCAAAUUCCAAUGUUUGCUUUAUUGGACGGGCCUUACAACGGCGAUCCAACUUGGGUAUGGAUUUUGGUAUUAAUAUUUCAGUACCUGGAAGCAUAGUAUAAUAUUGGCAUUUCAUAUGCUAACUUGCCCGUUGUAGAAAACAGAAGCUCAUGUGGCCUUUCCUGUUAAAUCUUUAUUCCAUCGCCCAUUGAGAAGUAAAAUCGUCAGGGGUAAUGAGACAGAAUGAAAUAUACCCAAGCCCACCCAAUAGAGUCGAAAUAUCACAACCAAAACCCGGACAUGUGCUGCAGCACACAAACCAGGAAAGACUCACAUUAUGAGAAACUGUUCUUAAUCUUGCUGCUGCUGCUGCUGCUUGAAUCUCCUGUCGUAAUUCCAUUAUUUUUCAUCCUGACUCAUAGUUAAAAUAUCAUUAAUACACAUCAGUUAUUUAUUUAGUUCUUUGUACGUUUGCAUGGCGAUAAAACAUAUAAUAGUUUUGUUUGUGGAAACACCACGUAAAUUUAUUAUUUAUUAUAUUAUUUAUUAAUAAAUUUACGUGGUAUUUCCACCAACAAAACUAUUACAGUUAUUUACUGUUUAUAAAUAGGUAAAUGUUGGUCUGUUGGUAGUUCAAAUCCUGGUCAUGGUUCAUCCAGUGUAUCUUUGGAAAUGUUCAAAAAAUGAGGACAAAUCUAGUAAUAAUACUUUAAAAAUUAUGGACUAUGGUGACACUAAACUUUAAGGCGACAGUCAAGUUUGUUUUGCUCAUGAGCCAACAUUGUUUACAUACAUACAUUUGUUUUGACCAUGCCCCCCGUAAAAAUGUUGAAAAUUAGAACCCGCAAAUGCCAUUUCCUGCGAUUUAGGCAAUGAAUUAUGCGCUCCAGUUUGACCUCAACGAGGGUCAAAACCUUGGCAAAUUGACCAUAUUUUAGCCAAAAAUCGACAAUUUGAUAUUUGACAAGGUAAAAAGCUGUUCAACCCAAAUAAAAUUCUAUUGUCACUUGGGAG